AUGACAACAACUUUUGUAAAUGAUACAUGUAGUGAUCCAUUCCAUUCGAUUGAUAACCGAUUCGAACCUGAAUGCCAAGCAACAAUAAAAGGUAAAAAUGGUCUAUUUCCUGCACGAUUCUGUGUAAAAAUUUCUGGUAUUAUUGUUGAUAUUGAUCGAGGUCUCAAUCGUUCAUUAAUACAUAAAUAUCUUUAUUUACGAACGUGUAUCACCGAAAAUAUCAUGAGUUCAACAAAAGCAUCGGAUUCAACGGGGAAUUUUCGUUUGAAAGAUUUUCCUGAUAUCCCAGGAAGUAUUAAGAUGCAAGGAACAAUAACAUUGUGCACUGCAGAUGGUUGCAAUGAAGCCAACGUUAAAAUCGUUCAAAUAUUAACAUUUCUAGUUUCAUUUUUCUUUUUUGUAAUUACUUGCGAAUAA